AUGCAGGUGAAUUGCAUUUGGAGGUCUGGGUUGCUGUUUGCUGCUCUGUUUCUUGCCGUCGCCAAGCCCAAGCCAUCUUCCUCCGCGAAAGGUUGUUACCCAAGGGGAACACUGUUCCAAGCUGUUGACACACUGUACGUCAAGGCAGCGUGGCUCAAAGCAACAAUUCCAGAAGACCACAUAAAAAAUAUACUAUUAUUAAAAAAGAAAACAAAAAAGCUAUUUAUGAAAAACUGCAGAUUCCAAGAACAGCUUCUGUUCUUCUUCAUGGAAGAUGUUUUCGGCCAACUUCAGGUACAAGUCUGCAGGGAAAUACAUUUUGUGGAAGAACUUCACAGCCUUAGGCAGCAGAUGAACCGCUGUAUUUCCUGCGCUUCCUCAGCUAGGGAGAUGAAAGCUAUUACCAGGAUGAAAAGAACAUUUUAUGGGAUUGGAAACAAAGGAAUCUACAAAGCCAUCCGUGAACUGGAUAUUCUUCUUUGUUGGAUUAAACAAUUCCUGGAAAGCAUCCAGUAA